AUGAAUUUUGUUGUUUUGAUUUAAAUAUUGUUAUUUUUUAGCGUUUUAUUUGUAAUAUCUGAUGCUAAACAGGAAAAAAAAUAGAAAAUAGCAAUUAUUGGAGGAGGAAUUGGAGGAGCAUUUUUACAAAUUCAGCUGAGAUAAAUUUUUGGCGAAAAUGCUGAGAUUAGUGUCUUCGAAAAAUAAGAUAGGCUUGGGGGAAGAUGUAUGAGUUUCUAAUACGAAGGAAAAUAUUAUGAAUUAGGUAAAUAGAGAUUCACUGAUUAUGACAAACUAUUUUUAGAUUAUGUUAAAACUGUGAAUAUGACAAUCAGCAAAUCUUCAUCAACGACAUUAGGAAUUUACAAUGAAGAAGGCUAUGUAUUUCUAUUAAAUACCUUUUUUUUGUUCAAACCUAUCACUUUUCUGUUCAAUUUUCCUGUUUCUAGUUCAUCUUAUAUGUUUGCAUAUAAUAGUAAUUGGGAAAAAAUAAAUAGGAUUUAUGAUUAAAUAGAUUAAAAUUAGUACUAAAAUUUUAGAUAGCUUUUAUAGGCUUGCAGUUUAGAUGAUAUGCUAGAUUAUGCUUUUGAUGAAUAUGUUUAGUCUGAAUCGUAUUAUUUGAUUAGAAAAUCUUUCACAAAUUCUUUUUUGCGUUCUAUAAGCGUUUUGGUACUAGACUAAAAAGAAAAUAUAAAUGCUCUUGCAGGUUUCUAAAGCUAAUUCACUGGCUCUGGUUAAAUUAGGAAUAUGGAAGAAGGAUUAGAGUAGUUUGUCAAUAAACUUUUUAAUAUAAAGCUUGAUAUUAAGAGUUAAAUCAAAAUAAAUUUAAAUACAAAUGUAAAUUUUAUAGAAAAACUUCAUCCAAUAAAUGAUUCUGAUUAUUAAUUCAGACUCCAUUUCAAUGAAACCUUUUAAGAUUUUGAUCAAGUUGUAAUAGCAUUUCCUCUAGAAUAAAAUGAAAAUCCUAACCUAUUUUUUAAGAAUUUUUCUGAAAACUAGAGUAUUUUCUAAUAAAAUUUGAAAAGUGGUUAUUACUCUAAUUAUGUAAUAACCUAUGUUAAAGCUAUAAAUCCUUUGUAUUCUUAUUUUGGUUUUAACAUUACAGAUAAUUACCCUGAGUUAAUGGUCCCUUAUGAUUAAGAUAAAAGUGAAUUUUACAAAAUUUUGAAAGUUUGUAAUAAAUGUUUAUAAGAUAGAUCUUCUCUUUUUUAAAUAACUAGCAAGUAAAAAUUAAAUUAAGCUUAAAUUAAUAAUAUUUUUGGAGAAUCAAGCAAAAUAAUUAAGUAAAAGGAAUGGGAUGCUUUAAUACCUAAUGUUAAAAAUUAUGAAACAAAUGAGAUUGCAGAUUAUUAACUUUUAAAUGGUCUUUAUUAUCUUCAUUCAGCUGAAUAAGCUGUUCCUUUUCUUGCCUUUGAAGCUAUUUCUGCUAAAAUUGUUUCAAAUCUCAUGAAUCCUUCCUUUUAAAAUAAAAAAACUUAACAACAAACAUCUGAUUUAUGA